AUGGACAUGGAGUCUUUCAACGUCGACGUCAUUGAGGAUGGCGGCCCGCCCGGUUUGGCGCCCCAGGGGCAUGGCAUCGGCGGUCCUUUCGGGGAUCAUUGUCGGAUUGAGAUUCUAUGCGCGUCUAUCGCCGGCGCGACUUUUGGGGUGGGAGGAUGCGUGGAUUUUGAUCGCAUGGAAGCAAUCACUGGAAUGGGCGAGCGAUACGAGACACUGAGUGUGCACCAACAGCAGACUUUCUUCAAGUGGUCAUACAUUACUAUUAUCUUCUACAACCUCGGACUGGCUUUUGUCAAGGUCUCUAUACUGCUGCUGUACCUGCGGGUACUACGAGACCUAAACUAUCGCAAAGCGUGCUAUAUUGCACUAUCUCUCGUCGCAGUAGUCUCCACAUGGACGGUCUUCUCAUCGGUUCUGUUUUGUUUACCCUUUGAGAAGAAUUGGAAACCAAAUUCUGUUCACCUGAAGUGCGGUUGUUCUAGUGCUGACCAGGACCACAGUGCACCUGGGAAAUGUCUUGACAGGGGGGCUACCUGGUUCGCCAACGCCGCCAUCAACAUUUUUACCGAUUUUGUGAUCCUCAUCCUCCCUUUGCCGAUUCUUCCAAAGAUAAAACAGCCCCGCCAGCAAAAGAUCAGUUUAUAUCUGAUCUUUGCACUCGGGUUCUUUGUUUGUGUCGUGUCAAUAUUGCGCAUCCCGUCACUGGCAUCGGCUUUCAGGUCGACCGAUCCGACAUUUGACAGUCCGGGCAUAGCCGAAUGGUCCAUCAUUGAGUUGAACACGGCCAUCGUCUGCGCUUGCCUAAUCACAUUAAAACCCUUGGCAAGACGCUUCUUCCCUCGACUUCUGGGAUCGACAAAUCACGAUGUUGGGAAGGAACGUGGGCCGGGCUCGGGGCCGGGAGACGGUGUCCCUGCUACAGUCGGGUCGAAGGAAUCGGGGCACAAAGCGAACCAUGCAAGGCACGUCUCGGAUGGGAGUGAAAUACAGUUGAACCACGACACUUUUGGAGCGAGAUCUACAAACCACACCCAUGGCUCGCGCCAUAGCAUUGUAGAGUCGUCGGAUUUGGAGUUGGGGCUGAAGUCGAUACCUUUGGACGACGAUCCAAUGCCGAUGAAAUAA